GCCACACUAGACAACCGUACCCCCUUAGAUAAUCAGGGUUCUGUCUCAACGUAGCAAUGACGAAAUGUAUUCCCCAGAUCAACUUUACUGAUUGAUUGGUAGCGAUUCCACGGCUGUACACGCACGACUGUCCCCCCAGCAAAAGUUAUUUGCUUUCUAUUGGAGACAACGAUUGUACCAAAUAAAAAGUAACAAAUUUUGGGGGGGGAAGAUAUUCUCAUCUCCCUAUUUCACCACUUCGAAAUCUAACCAAAAUCUACCAUAAAGCAUCUCUUGUGAUCAAGCAAAAGUUCUGGAUACUACACUAGGUGGUCUGUUUGCAUAUUGACACCAACAUCCAACCACAUCUCUCAAAGCAAGCACGAUUUCACGUCCUUCAACAUUACUCACGGAAGAACUUGUCCAGAACAAACCCUAUCUAUUUUGGGGACUAGUUUCGAGUCGAGAGGCCCCUAAAAUAUCUAACUCUUCUUUGAUAACCUAUCACCUUAUCGAAAUUUGUUCAUGUGCUGCAAUCAACAGUAGUUGUCACUGCUUGGGCAUUCUCGAACGCAUAUUAAGACUCUUCAUCUGCAGCAGCAUACUUUUCUAGGUGCUUCUGCGUUCAGGCGCAUUUGUUUCUACGAUUCGAUUCACACCCGUUCACGUUCGAUAGCAGAAAUGACUGAACCUAUACCCAUACCAGCUUCUAAGUCGGAGCCUGCACUCGAGUCAACUUCGUUAUCCUCUGAGCAACAUCUUACUGGUGGCGAUUCAUCAACUGGAAGCUCUCCUCCCGAGGAUGGCAAUACACCCACAUACACAACCUCCGAAAAUGGAAGUCCUCAUCUUUCAAGGCGCCCUUCUGCUUCUGGGAGUAGCACAUAUCAAGAAGAUUGGGAACCUUGGCCUCCUUUGGAUAAGAUCACUGUCUUUGAUUUAUUAGAGAACUUUGAUUUGCCUCAACAACUCGAAAGAAUCCAGAGAAAUCUGUCCGCACAAUCUCAAAAGGUUCGACAGCAGCGAGACAAGUUAAAGACAAGAUCCAGUUAUGCGAAGACCCGGGUUGUUGAAGAAUGGCGAAAGCGUGUUCCAACUGCGGAUGAGCAGCUGGACAGAUAUAAAAAGAGGAUGCGCGAUAGUGUUGACAAACUUGGAACACGUUGGAAUGAUACGAAAUCAGUGACGAUUCGAGAAAAGGUGUCCUUCAUCUGUGGGGUCUUGAAUGUUCUCAUUAGUGGCUACUUGAUCGGAGGAUAUCCUGAGUUGUUCCACUGGUGGUACACUGCCCAAUUACUAUACUUCAUGCCCAUCCGGUUUUAUGCCUACCACAAACGGGGAUAUCAUUAUUUUCUCGCAGAUCUCUGUUACUUUACAAAUUUCCUCUGUUUCCUCUCUAUUUGGAUCUUUCCACAGUCAAAACGACUUUUCAUCAGCACUUACUGUCUGGCCAUGGGCAACAAUGCAGUAGCGAUUGCCAUGUGGAGGAAUUCUAUGGUAUUUCACAGUUUCGACAAGGUUACGUCUCUCUUUAUUCACAUAAUGCCCUGCGUAACUCUUCAUUGUCUUGUCCAUCUCAUCGACCCAUCCGUCCAACAAUCGCGUUUCAGUGCCAUCUACGAUAUUCGUACAUCUCCAGUAGGGUCAAGUACUCAUUACGGCCUGCUAUCAAUGGCAUUGUGGUCAUCUAUUCCAUAUGCAAUAUGGCAACUUUCUUACCAUUUUCUCAUCACUGUCCGCCGCCGUGAGAAGAUUGCUGCAGGUCGUCCGACAUCAUUCACCUGGCUGCUGAAAUCAUACUCCAAAGUCUGGAUUGGCAAAGCGGUUCUCGCUCUUCCCGAAUCUAUGCAAGAGCCUGCAUUUAUGCUUAUUCAAUACUCGUAUGCGUUGCUCACCAUGUUACCAUGCCCUCUAUGGUUCUGGUACCGAUAUGCGUCUGCAUCAUUCCUCAUGGCUGUAUUCUGCUGGUCUGUUUAUAACGGCGCAAAUUAUUACAUCGAAGUCUUUGGCAAAUGUUUCCAAAAUGAGCUUGAGGAGAUGAAGCGAGAAGUUCAGAAAUGGCAUAAUUCUCCCGAAUUAACGACAUCUCCUUUGAUGACGCCCAGAUCCGAGGGUGGAGAAAUAUUAAGUAACGAUGGCGAGACAAAGAGACCAGGUCACCCAAGAAGUGCUAGUUUAGAUAAGAUUCCAUUACUCAACGACCAAGGAGGGAGCUCGGGAAUAGAUGGAGGGGCGAAAGAUGUCGUGAAGGCAAGAAAAGCAGAUGACGCAUCGGCUUGAUUGUACCAAGGGGCAUGGCUUACAUUGAUUUUGGCUCGUCGUUUCUGACCUUGGACACUCAUUUUACCAUUCACUUGUUCUUGUUCUGCUUUAAUUUUUGAGAUCAAUGUUGUGAGAUUUUGCUUUCACGAAAUGGAAGGGGGAUGGAUGUGAAUAGGCGUAGCGAGGGAUAUACCACAAACUGGCAGUUGGGUGUUGGGUGUUUACGCAUACAUAUAGAUAAUGAACCUCCUAAUACAAGCGAAUGAAUACGAAUAUAAAACCUAUAUUGGAUCUUUCA